AUGACACGAACAUCCUCAACGCGCAGCUUGCAGCCGGCCGUGGGCGGAGACGCGGACAAGCCAGAUACUCAAAGAGAGCUACCCUUGGACUUUGGCAAGGGCCUCCGGGACAGCGAGUUCCUCUUCGACAAGGACUAUCACAACCUGAACCACGGCUCCUUUGGCACCAUCCCCGUGCACAUCCAGAAGAGGCUGCAGCACUACCAGGCCCUCCACGAGCGCCGGCCUGACCAGUUCAUCCGUUAUGAUUUCCCUGCAAUGCUCGACGAGAACCGCGAGGCUGCUGCGAGGCUUAUCAACGCGCCCUCUGUGGACGAGGUUGUCUUUGUGGCCAAUGCUACAGUCGGCCUGAACACAGUCCUGCGCAGCCUGCCCUGGUCCGAGGAUGGAAAGGACGAGAUCAUCCACUUCAGCACAAUCUACGGUGCCAUCGGCAAAACAGUCGACUAUGUCGUGGACUCAGCCUAUGGGAGGGUUUCUAGCAGGUCCAUCGAACUGACAUAUCCCAUUUCUGACGACGCCAUCAUGGCCAAGUUCAGGCAAGCAGUGCACCAAAGUCGGCAGCUCAAGAGACCCCGCGCUGCGGUCUUCGACGUUGUCUCCUCCGUACCAGGCGUGUGCUUCCCUUAUGAGGAAAUGAUCAGGGCGUGCCGCGAGCUCGGUAUUCUGUCCAUAGUAGACGGCGCUCAGGGAAUCGGUAUGAUGAACCUAGAUAUGACGGCCCUGGACCCAGAUUUCUUCGUGUCGAAUUGUCACAAGUGGCUGCUAGCGCCGCGUGGGUGCGCCGUAUUCUAUGUCCCCUUUCGGAACCAGCACCUCAUCCGCUCAACAGUGCCGACUUCUCAUGGUUACAUACCGCUGCCCGGCGCCACGUCAAGGGCAAAUCCGCUGCCGCCGAGCGCGAAGAGCGCGUUUGUGAACGCCUUUGAGUAUGUCGGCACCCUUGAUAAUUCGCCGUAUUUAUGUGUAAAGGAUUCUAUUGAAUUUCGAGAGAGAGUGUUGGGUGGGGAGGGUAGAAUCCAGCAAUACAUGCGGUCGCUGGCGAAACAUGGCGGCGAAAAGAUUUCGCAGAUGCUCGGGACGUGGGUGAUGGGAUACGAGCACGGGAAAACAGAACGCUUCACGAAUUGUGCCAUGGUUAAUAUUGCAAUGCCAUUGGUGGUCUUGCAAGAUACUAUUUCGGAUACCUCCGCGUCAGUGGUGGACGAGCAAGUCAAAACAGAAACGUGGCAGGUCAGCGCCCGGGGCGCUGCCCCUGUGUGUGCAGCAGAACUUCACUGCCAUGGUUCUCAAGUGCAGGCGAGAGUGCGGGAUAUCCUUCUUCCGCACGAGGACGCUGAGAGGAUCUGGAAUUGGAUGACGAAGGCGCUGGUGGACGAUUAUCAGACCUUUAUCCCACUAUUCUACCACAAUAGGAGGUUCUGGGCCCGUUUGAGCGCUCAGGUGUAUUUGGACAUGGAUGACUUUUUGUGGGCAGGGAAAACACUUAAGGUGCUGUGUGAAAGGGUGGCGAGACGGGAAUAUGGGUCGUGA